GUCAUCGCCCGGCGCCGCCGCGCUCAUUGCAGGCGGCGGAGGGGGAGCGGCGCGGGGCUGGAGCGGAGCUGCGGGGCCCGUCCCGGCCCGGCCCGUCCCGGCGCUGCCGCCGCCAUGUGUGCGGGCAGGUGGCCGGCCCCGCUGCGGGGCGCGGAGGGCGUCCAGUUAUCAGCAGAGGUCGAGCCGUUUGUCCCAAAACAUGCAGCAGUAGCCAUGGCAUGGACAGAAUCCUCAGUAGCAUGCAUGUCUCCUACGUACUUUACUCCGUGCUACCCAUUCUUUCAAAACCCAUCUCUGGAUAAGCAUCCAGUAUAUCCUGAAGAUUUACCCCAGGACGACUUCUCAUCUCUUUCUCAACGUCCCUCACAUAGGGUUAUGGGAGCUCCUGCAUUCUGUGAAUACUCCAGCAGCUCUUACUCACCUGAUGUUGUUUCAAAUAUGUAUCCAAUAGCUGGCUCAUACCAUCCUGGUAACAACUCAGCACCCUGUAAUGAUUCUGGCCUAGUUAGUCAAUCUGCCCAGCAAAAGUACCCAACCAGACAAGAAAGUAAGAACCUUUCAAAGCAGAGGAGAUCAAAAGAGGAUGAGAAAAAAUCAGACAAGAAAGAGCAUGAUAGAGAGCAGUCUUCUGUCAAAAUCGUGAACAGGACUUCAUCCCAGUCCACUGCAUGGAGCAGAGAUUCCAUGAAGCCAGACAGCUACAAUAAAACUACAAGCAAGAAGUCAACUCAAACUCCAAAAAUAGAGUCUCUUCCUUUACCUGCCUUUGAAACUACUCUUUUGGAUUUCCACAAGUCACAGAGUUUUGAAACCAGUGAGACAUGGAAUGUACAUCAUCGAAGUGGACCAGUAUGUUCAGCAGAAAGUAACUUUACGUGCCUUAGUCAACCAGAAAUGUCUCCUUGGUUGAACGGAAAGGAAGAUGUUUCUGUGGAAAACAAAGCCCCAUCAAAAACUUUAAAUGAAGCAGUAGCCAGCUUAAUUCCCUCUUCAUUUGAUGGUAGAGAGGCAUUUCCUAAAGCACCUACAGCUGAUUCUGCUCAGCCAGGUCUGACUUGGGCUAUGGUACUUUCACAACCCCCAAAGAAAACUCCAUUGUCACCAGCAUCUGAAGGUCUUCCCAGAGGCAAAGAAAAGCAGGGUAGUCCAGUAAAGGAAGAAAUAAACACUGUUGAUAAUGAAACUGAGAAUAAAGAAGCGUCAGAAAAGAAGAAGAAAAAGAAGAAGAAGAAAAAGAAAAACAAGUCACCCACCACUGAUGUAGAAGAAACUCAGAACAAACCUACUGCAACACAGGAACCACCAAGGAUUGAGGAUGCUGAGGAGUUUCCUGAUCUGGUAACUGCUUUUGCUAGGAGAACCAAAUUAGGAUCUCAGAAAUCACCAUUAACUCCUGCUGUCAAAAAGGAAGUUGAAAUCCAUUACCCCAAAGCAUCUUGGGAUAGUUCCUCUCCCACACAGGAUAGGACUCCUAAAGUAGAUGGAUUGUCAUGGAAGCAGGCUCCUUCUUUACCAUUAGGAAGGAAGAAAAUGCAGGAAACAUCCAAAAGCAAUAGUAAGAAGAGUCAAACUCCUGUGCAACUGGAUUUAGGUGGCAUGCUGGCAGUCUUGGAGCAGAAACAGCAGACAGAGAAGUCAAAACAGUCUUCUAAACCUGUGGUGUUUUCAGUUGGUGGUGCCAUACCAUUGCUUUCUAAAGAACCUGCUACAGCUACAAAAAGUCGCCGGUUAAAUCAAGGAAAGAUGCCUCAUAACCCUUUGGACUCCAGCGCUCCUUUGGUAAAGAAAGGGAAGCAGAGAGAAGUCCCUAAAGCAAAGAGACCAACACCUCUUAAAAAGAUUAUUCUGAAAGAAAGAGAGCAGCGAAAACAGCAACACCUGCUAGAACAAACGGCAACACUAAAAGAUGGAGAUACUUGUCUCCCUGCAGAAAAUACUACUGAAGGUGAACCACUUCCACAGGCUAGUGAAGCAGCUGUUCCUGUAAUGCAAGUUACUGAAGGGUUUCUGGAGAGCACAGGAACCCAGGAGUCUACCAAGGAGUCUACAGAAAGCUCUAUGGCUUCAAAGCAGCUAAAUUGCUGUCUUCCGAAAAUCCAUAGUAGGAGAUUUAGAGAUUAUUGCAGCCAGGUACUUAGCAAAGAAGUUGACAGUUGUGUGACAGACCUCUUAAAAGAACUGGUUCGUUUCCAAGAUCGUAUGUAUCAGAAAGACCCAGUAAAGGCUAAAAUAAGGCGCAGGCUUGUUAUGGGGCUUCGAGAAGUUUUGAAACAUCUGAGGCUGAACAGACUGAAGUGUGUCAUCAUAUCUCCUAACUGUGAAAAGAUUCAGUCAAAGGGUGGGUUGGAUGAGACGCUACACAACAUUAUCGACUGUGCCUGUGAGCAGAACAUCCCAUUCGUUUUUGCCCUUAAUCGCAGGGCCCUAGGCCGCUGUGUGAACAAAUCAGUGCCUGUGAGUGUGGUGGGAAUUUUUAGCUAUGAUGGGGCUCAGGACCAUUUUCAUAGAAUGGUACAGCUGACAGAAGAGGCCAGGAAGGCCUACAGAGAUAUGAUAGCGGCUUUUGAGGAAGAAGCUGAAGGAAGACUAAGAGAAACUGAACUGAACAUCGUAACCACUGAACAUGAAAAAAGUUUCUUAUCAGACACUGAUAAAACAGCUUCCAGUGAACUUGAGGAUGUACCAAAUUAUAUUAAAAUCUGGAAGAGAAAGCUUGAAGAAGAGUAUAACCCCUAUGCGCUGGAACUGGCAAAGAGUGCAACUGCGAAUUCAGAAGAGCAUCACUUAAUGUAGAUCUGAUUCUGUUAGGUGUCUUAAGGUUUUUCAUUUUUCUAUAGAUCUGUAAAUAGUUUAUCUAAAAUCAAAUAUCCAUCUAUGAAAGUGGCAUAGCAAGAUAAAACAAUUUUUAAAAAUUGUUAUCUGAAGUCAGCUAAGUAAACUGUUCCGAAUCCCCUUAAGCAAAAUGCACACUGGAAUACAUGAGGCACUGCCUAAUUCUUCUAAAGUUCCGUGUACUUGGCUGAUUCCUAUAGCAGAUGAUAAUAGCAAACAAAUUGUCUUAACCCAGAACAACUUGAACCGGCUUUGCAUACUAGUAAUGGUUUUAUGGACUUUUGAUUUAUAAACAGUGCAAUAUACCAAAAGAACUUGUUAGCAAGAUGUCUUGCUUUGGGGAUAGAUUCCACAUGAUGGAUAUUUGGAGCUUAGGGGAUUUUGAUUUAUGUUGUUGUUGUCUUUGUUAUGCCUUCUGUUUUCUUUAUAAUAAACCUACUCAGGUGGGCAGGCUGGCAUAAUUGUCACUCUCUACCAGUCAGCAAGAAGUGAAUUCUGGGCUGGCACAGCUAGUUAAAACCUAAUUAAGGAAGGCUGUAAUGAUGAAGAUUCCCAGUUCUUCCUGUGAUAAUGUAUUGUUCUGGGAUCAUACUGCAGGUGUAAAGAAGAAAAUAUGGAGUAUAAAGGACAUUCAUGAAGUGAAAAGGGAAUGUUCUAAAGUCGAUAAAGGGAACAGUGAUGAUGUUUCUGUUCUCUGAUGUUACCAACAUCAGUUCACUACAGGUCCUGCUUUGAAUUUAAAGGAUACCAGAGGACAUACAAUGGGCCAGCCUGCUGUCCUAUCUAUCUGUACCUUUUCCAUGCCGGCAGACUCCUCAUUCCUUCAUUUCAGGGUUGUGUCGGUGUAUAUAUGCAAGAGUUUUUUAAUCAGUCUCUGUUUGUAUCUAAGGUAGGGAAAAAAUUUCCUAUAUUUUAAAUAAAUUUAAAAAAACUAAAUGUGCUCAUAACAGUGUGGUGGAGCACCUAAGUAGGAAUGUUCUUUAUAAACACCUCUGUAGCUUACAGAUGUAAGAGGACAAGCCUGAAAGAAGUCAUCAGAGGAUGCAGAUGUAACUGGUCAGCUGUUCUGAAAAAAAAAUAAAAAAUAGAUGCCAUGUGCUACAGGUAGCAUCUCUGAAGUGCAUUAAUAAAUACUUCACCACAUUAAACUGUUGUAGUGCAGUACUUUAAAAAGUAGCUGCCUCUUUAAGUUAGAUGUGACGCAAAAAUCUUUCUUUAAAUGAACACUUUUGUAGAAUGUAAGAUGUAUAAAAUCUAUAACAAUAUAUUGUUUCGAUAAACUAUGGUGGAAGUGUUCUUUAUGAUUUAAAUAAACUCUUCUGAUGGGUAUUUAAUGGA